AUGGGAUUAAACUGCCACUUUAUGACUAAGCCUCGCAAACACCGGAAGCGUCUUGAACUCGAAGCCCUACUAGAUAGUAUCCAAAACUUAGAAAAAGAUGGAAAAGUUGAAACUUCAAACGAACUUCAAGCAUCCAUAAUCGCUGAGGCCUCCAAGCAAAGAGGACACUACCAAAGCAGACAACUAGAAAAGAGACACCGAGAGGCAGCCAAACAGCUACGCAGCAAAGAAGAAAUUAUAAUCCGAAGAGCAGACAAGACCGCAGCAUUUGUAAUCAUGGCGAAAGAAGAAUACCUCAGCAAAAUGGACACCAUACUCUCCGACACCUCCAAAUUCAAGAAAAUACGCCGCAAUCCUACAGAAGACAUAAAGAAGAAAAUCAACGCCACCUGCAGAGCCAUCAACAUCGCUACAAAGAGCACACGCUUUCCGAAGCUGACCGGGGAGUUUUCUCCCGGGUACGCCUACGGCAACGUAAAAACACACAAGACAGGAAACCCACUCCGCCCCAUCAUCUCCCAGAUCCCGACAGCCACCUACACCGUCGCCAAGAAACUCAACGAAAUCCUCGCCCCGUUCACCCCGAUGAGCCACGCCCUAACGUCCACCAAUGACUUCCUGGAGAUCCUAAGAACUGCCCCACCUGCCGAAAACCACAUCAUUGCUUCUCUCGAUGUCGAGAGUCUGUUCACCAACGUGCCCGUGAACAGGACUAUCCAGAUCAUCAUGGACCGCGUCUACAGAUGUGAAGAGACGGAACCCCUAGACAUACCGGAAGAGGACCUACGCACACUCUUAGAGAUAUGCACUAAAGAAGCUCCCUUCACCUGCCCCCGCGGAGAUAUGUACUGCCAAGUGGAUGGUGUUGCUAUGGGAAGCCCUCUUGGUGUGCUCUUCGCCAACUUCUUCAUGGGAACCAUCGAAUCCAUGGCCCUCAAGGACCAACAACCCUCCAUCUACGCCCGAUACGUCGACGACAUAUUUAUCAGAGUGAAAAACAUAGAUGAACUACAGAAACUUAAGCAGCAGCUCAGCAACAUCUCCGGCCUCAACUUUACCUUUGAAGAAUCACAAGAAGGACGCCUGCCAUUCCUCGACGUACUAGUAUCUCCACAAGACUCAGGAUUCAACACCUCAGUGUAUAUCAAACCAACAAACACAGGACUUUGCCUCAACGGAAACAGCGAGUGCCCGCAACGCUACAGAAGAUCCACAAUCAAUGCAUACAUACGGCGAGCGAUCUCACACAGCUCAACAUGGAAGAAUUUGCAUAACGAAUUGGAAAGAAUUACACAAGUCCUUGUAAAUAACGGCUACCCAAACAGUGAAGUGACCCAGGCCAUCAACUGCGCCCUAGAGAAAUGGUACAACCCUGCAACCACCUCUGCAAACCAAAACAACAUCAAUCUCUACUACAGGAACUACAUGUCCACCGAGUACAAGACAGAUGAAAGAGUGAUCAAAGAUAUCAUCCACAAGAAUGUGAAACCAACAAACGCAGACCAAACCAUAUCACUCAUCAUCUACUACAAGACCUCCAAAACAGCCAACCUACUAAUCAAGAACCGCCAAACACCACCACCGGCACCUCUUCAGGAAGACCAUGUCAUCUACGAGCACACCUGCGCUAUUGAGGACUGUGGGCCUCAUACAUACAUCGGGAUGACACGGACAAAACUGACUAGGCGCUUAACAUGCCACCUACAAAAUGGUGCUAUCAAGAACCAUUACACAGUCAAGCACAAGGAAACCUUAGCACGCAGCCACCUAGAAGAUUCAACGAAAAUACUUGACAAGGAAACUGACCCACGCCGACUGUUGUUCCUGGAAGCCCUCUACAUUGAAGAUCUAGGGCCAACGAUGAACACUCAAGCCCAAGAUCUGCAAAUCUUACCAACGCAGAAGAGAAGUAACAGAAAAAACAACACCUAG